AUGUUCGAGAACUACACAGUGACGGCAUCGCGCCAUCCUUCGUCGCUACCGCUCUGCCACGAAGAUCUGUUCGGACCCGAAUGGAAUGUUCCUCGCACUUCUUUGUCCUGCGAAUCUCAGUCGUCCAUCGCGCAACUCUCUCUACAAUUCAGCGAAAUGCGUUACACAUCACAGCCCUUUUCUCAUUCUCAAAACCAACAAACAAAGCCCAAACACGAGCUAGACUCGGCGCUCGAACCUGUGGACUAUGUGGGUUCGCUGUGUCCCUCAAGGAGGCGGGCUCAGAGGCAACACGGAGGACGAAUGCUCUGCGAUCCAUCUCAUCUUCGGAACAUCCAGGCCAUGGUAGACAGAAUGGUGCAAUCUGGAGAUCAAUGCGCUGUAUCACCAUCUCGAGCAUCUAGUGUCGAGACAAGGCCGUUACCUGCGGAAGACGAAGGUUACAGCAGUCUCGACGACAAGCGACGCCAGGGAUCAAUUUCAUCAAUAUCAUCUGCCGGGUCUUCUGGGUCUGCCCUGUCAUUUCGACGUUCAGCGGACUCGGUCACAGGCGCCUGUGUGUCGAAACAGGUCCGCGUCAAGAAGGCCCGCAACGCCAGAGGACCUUCCAAGCAGCAGUAA